UUGGGCUCUUUUCCAACCUUCUCAAGAAACCUCCAGGUUUUUUUCAUCCUAACUCCAUCAUCAGUGUGGAGCUGAGCUCACUUGAAGGGGGGAGCCGGUCUGCUGUCGAAGGUCUGAAGGUUCCAGUCAGGCCCACCAAAGGCAUUGUGAUACUUCCCCACAUGGAGCUGUAGAGCCUGCACCACACACUUUGCUGCUCCUGCCUGGGAUUGAGGAAAGGGAAGCAGCUUUUUUUUGUUCUAUUGUGCCAAAGGCCGCAUCUGUGUGGGAAUCACCAUGGAGAUGCAGAGGCGGCCCGCUAGGUGGAAGACGAAAAGGUGGUUGGCCACUGUCCUUGUUUUAAUUCUGCAAGCUGUCUCCAUCCGAGCAGCCGAGCCCGUGGAUGUGUUGAAGGUUCUGGACUUCAAGAGCUCCCCUCAAGGCGUGAAAAAAACUCCCGGGUUCUGCCCAAUGAGGAGAGGCUCCAAGCCCGACAUCGCCUACCGAGUCAGCAAGAACGCUCAGAUCAGCGCUCCGACCAAGCAGCUCUUCCCAGGGGGAGUUUUCCCAGAGGACUUCUCCAUCCUGUUCACCAUCAAGCCCAAAGCCGGCCUCCAAUCCUUCCUGCUGUCCCUCUACAACAAACAGGGCGUGCAGCAGCUGGGCGUGGAGGUGGGCCGCGCCCCCAUCUUCCUGUACGAGGACCAGCACGGCAAGCCGGCCCCCGAGGAGUACCCUCUGUUCCGCUCCAUCAACCUGGCCGACGGCAAAUGGCAUCGUGUUGCUAUCAGCGUGGAGAAGAACAGCGUCACCAUGAUCGUGGACUGUAAGAGGAAGGUGACCAAGCCCUUAGCCAGAAGCCAGCUGGCCACCAUCAACACGGAAGGCAUCGCCGUCUUUGGCACCAGAAUCCUGGAUGAUCAAGUCUUUGAGGGCGACAUCCAGCAGCUGUUGAUCGUGGCUGACCCCAGGGCCGCCUAUGACUACUGUGAACACUACAGCCCUGACUGUGAAACCCCCAGCCACCAGGACACCCCCCAGGCCCAGGAACCCGAGGAAGAGUACACUAACUAUGAAUAUGGUGAGUUCUAUGACUACAGUGAAGGAGAGUUAACCACUGAAUCACCCCCAACCGAAGGAGCCAAGACUGAGACUGUAGUGGGCGGCGACUACUUCACAGAUUACGACUACACCACAGUGGACGGAAGUCAGCCUGAAACGCCCACAAAUGGCCAGACGUACGAAGAGGAAAAUGUUGACGAUUACGUCACCGGUGUGGAACAGGUCGGGGCGGACCCCACUGUCAUUGUGGAAACCGUGGCUUCAGUGGACACCAACGGCAACGUGGACGCUGGUACUGAUAGCUACGACUUUAAGGAGUAUGACCUGAAGGAAUACGACAACAACGAGUUUGGGGAGAAGCCCUUAGACUAUGGCGACUACGGUGACUACGGCACCAACACCGAAACCAAGACCAGUUCCACGGGCGAGGAGGAAGAGUUUGGACCCGGCGUUCCGGCAGAGACAGACUUCAGGGAGAGCAGCGUGGGAGGAAGUCAAAGUUACCUGGGAGAAAAAGGAGAGAAGGGAGAACCUGCCGUCAUUGAGCCUGGGAUGCUUAUAGAAGGACCCCAAGGAGCCCCUGGCCAGGCAGGUAUCCCGGGUACCCCAGGGUUGCAGGGUCCCCCAGGGCCCACAGGAGAUCCCGGUGCAAGGGGUCCUCCAGGUCGACCUGGAAUCCCUGGUUCGGAUGGUGUCCCUGGGCCUGCAGGUACCAUUCUGAUGCUUCCAUUCCGUGCAGGCGGCGAAGCACACAAGGGACCUGUGGUAACGGCACAAGAGGCUCAGGCUCAGGCCAUCCUUUCUCAAGCCAGGCUGGCUAUGAGAGGUCCUCCUGGGCCAGCGGGCCUGACGGGAAGAUCUGGUCCUGUGGGGCUUCCUGGUCCUUCUGGUUUUAAAGGGGACAGCGGAGAGAACGGACCCCAGGGCCCCCGAGGUCUCCAGGGCCCAACCGGCCCCCCAGGAAAGUCAGGAAAGAGGGGCCGCAACGGAGCUGACGGUGCUCGAGGAAUGCCAGGAGAGUCCGGAACCAAGGGUGACCGAGGUUUUGACGGCCUUCCUGGUCUCCCUGGAGAAAAGGGCCACAGGGGGGAACACGGUCCUACAGGGCCUCCAGGACCUCCAGGAGAAGAUGGGCCGAGAGGGGAAGACGGCCAGGUUGGACAGAGAGGUGUGGCUGGAGAGAGCGGUCCCCGAGGUCUGCUGGGCCCCAGAGGGUCUGCUGGUCCUGCAGGACAACGUGGUCUUCCUGGACUUGACGGGCAAGCGGGUCCCAAAGGAAACAUGGGUCCUCAAGGAGAGCCAGGGCCUCAUGGACAGCAAGGUUUACCUGGUCCUCAUGGUCUUAUUGGGCCUCAAGGUCCAAUCGGGCCUCCUGGAGAAAAGGGACCUCAAGGUAAACAGGGUUUGGCUGGACUUGCUGGUGCUGAUGGGCCUCCUGGUCACCCAGGUAAAGAGGGUCCAGCAGGCGAGAAAGGAGCGGCCGGGUUCCCCGGACCAAUGGGAUCCAUCGGCUACCCGGGGCCUCGUGGCGUCAAAGGAGCAGAGGGAAUCCGAGGUCUGAAAGGUGGCAAAGGAGAAAAGGGAGAAGAUGGAUUUCCAGGCUUCAAAGGUGAUAUGGGCCUCAAGGGCGACAAGGGUGAGGGUGGCGUACAGGGACCGAGAGGAGAGGAUGGACCUGAGGGCCCCAAGGGAACAUCGGGGCCUAAUGGAGAAUCUGGUCCCAUGGGAACAGCUGGCGAGAAGGGAAAGCUUGGAGUCCCUGGAUUGCCAGGAUAUCCUGGGAGACUCGGUCCCAAGGGCUCCAAUGGCUUCCCAGGUUUCCCAGGCUCCAAUGGCGAGAAAGGCACGAGGGGUAUCGCUGGCAAAUCUGGACCUCGAGGGCAACGCGGCCCGACGGGUCCACGUGGGGGGCGUGGUGCCAGGGGACCAACUGGAAAACCAGGAGCAAAGGGCACCUCAGGCAAUGAUGGACCCCCAGGACCGCCUGGAGAGAGGGGUCCUCAAGGACCACAAGGACCUGUAGGGUUCCCUGGACCAAAGGGACCCAAUGGACCAGCAGGGAAAGAUGGACUGCCAGGUCAUCCCGGACAGAGAGGAGAGACGGGCUUCCAAGGAAAGACAGGACCACCUGGACCUGGAGGAGUGGUUGGACCUCAGGGUCCAACUGGAGAGACUGGACCUAGUGGAGAGCGAGGACAUCCUGGUUCCCCAGGCCCACCCGGAGAACAAGGUUUGCCAGGAGCUGCUGGGAAAGAGGGCGGAAAGGGAGAUCCAGGUCCACAGGGUCCCGGCGGUAAGCCAGGUCCUGCAGGACUGAGGGGUUUCCAGGGAACGAGAGGUCUUCCAGGCGCCAUGGGUCCAGGUGGCUUAAAGGGAGGAGAAGGUCCCCAGGGUGCCCCCGGCCCCAUCGGGUCCCCUGGAGAGAGGGGUGCUGCUGGCCCUGGAGGUCCCAUCGGUCUGACAGGACGCAACGGUCCCCAGGGGCCACCAGGACCAGCUGGAGAAAAGGGUGGUCCCGGAGAGAAAGGUCCCAUGGGUCCUGCUGGCCGUGAUGGCAUCCAAGGUCCUGUUGGUCUUCCUGGUUCUGCCGGACCUCAAGGUCCACCAGGAGAGGACGGUGACAAGGGAGAAGUUGGAGGACCUGGACAGAAGGGAAGCAAGGGAGACAAGGGUGAACUUGGACCACCAGGCCCAAGUGGUCUUCAGGGUGUGAUCGGUGCUCCCGGUCCAGCUGGCAGCGAUGGCGAGGCAGGACCCCGCGGCCAGCAGGGUAUGUUUGGCCAAAAGGGAGACGAAGGAUCCCGAGGAUUUCCUGGUCUUCCAGGACCUAUCGGACUGCAGGGAUUGCCUGGCCCCCCUGGUGAGAAGGGAGAGAACGGAGACGUCGGAGCCAUGGGUCCUCCUGGACCUCCAGGCCCACGAGGCCCUCAGGGUCCUAGUGGCGCCAGUGGAGCUCAAGGGCCUCCAGGUGGUAUUGGAGGACCAGGAGCUGUUGGUGAGAAGGGAGAAACUGGCGAGGCGGGCAACCCAGGAUCAUCAGGAGAGCCAGGUCCAGGAGGCGCACGAGGAGAGAUGGGCGAAAAGGGAGAAACGGGACCACCAGGAGCCGCUGGACCUGCAGGCGCCCGUGGACCCCCUGGAGAUGAUGGGCCAAAGGGUAACCCUGGCCCUGCUGGCUUCCCUGGAGACCCCGGACCCCCUGGUGAACCUGGUGUUUCUGGCCUUGACGGUUUAGCAGGGGAUAAGGGAGAUGAUGGAGAGGCUGGUCAACCAGGUCCCGCAGGUCCUUCUGGUGAGGCUGGAGUACCAGGACCUCCUGGCAAAAGGGGGCCCGUUGGACCUGCAGGUCAGGAGGGAAGACAAGGAGAGAAGGGAUCCAAGGGAGAAGCUGGAGCUGAGGGACCUCCUGGAAAGACCGGACCUGUGGGAGCCCAGGGACCUUCUGGGAAGCCUGGCGCCGAGGGUCUGCGAGGAAUUCCUGGCCCUGUUGGCGAGCAAGGACUUCCUGGUGCCUCUGGAAAAGAUGGACCUCCCGGACCUCUUGGUCCACCAGGACUUCCUGGUAUGAAGGGCGACUCUGGCUUCAAGGGAGAGAAGGGUCAUCCUGGUCUGAUCGGUCUGAUCGGACCCCCUGGUGAUGCCGGAGAGAAGGGAGAUCGAGGACUGCCUGGACCCCAGGGUGCGGCUGGUGGCAAGGGUGAAGCUGGUCUUGGGGGCUCACAAGGUCCUCUGGGUCCUCCAGGUCCUCCUGGUAUUCCUGGAGCUCAUGGCCAGAAAGGCUCCAAGGGAUCAACCGGUUCAGCCGGUCAGAAAGGAGACCCAGGACUUAUUGGACCACCUGGACCUCCUGGUCCGUCGGGCGACUUCAUCCAGCCAUUGCCCAUCCAGCAUGUAUCCAGGAAGACAAGACGUCACGCCGAGCAGCAGGGAGACGAGCCACUGGCCGACUACGGCACGGAAGGCCUGGAAAUGGAGGACGUGUUUGGCUCGCUCAACAACCUCAAGCAGGACAUCGAGCGCAUGAAGUUCCCGCUGGGCACAGAGGACAAUCCCGCCCGCACCUGCAACGACCUGCACCUAAGCCAACCAGAUUUCCCAGACGGUGAAUACUGGAUCGACCCCAACCAGGGCUGCGUAGGAGACGCUCUCAAAGUGUUCUGUAACUUCACAGCAGGCGGCGAGACGUGCAUCUACCCCGACAAGAAAUCCUCAGGAGUCAGAAUAUCCAACUGGCCCAAAGAGACGCCAGGGUCCUGGUUUAGUGAAUUUAAACGUGGAAAAAUCCUGAACUACGUGGAUGUGGCCGAGCGCAGCAUCAACGCUGUGCAGAUGACUUUCCUGAAGCUACUGAGCUCGUCAGCGCGGCAGAACUUCACCUACGUGUGCCAUCAGUCUACGGCCUGGUACGACGGCAAGGCCGACAACUACGACAAGGCAUUGCGCUUCCUGGGCUCCAACGACGAGGAGAUGGCCUACGACAACACGCCUUUCAUCAAGCCGCUGGUCGACGGCUGCGCGGCUAAGCAAGGCUACUCCAAGACAGUUUUAGAGAUCAACACUCCUCGCAUCGACCAGCUGCCCAUCCUCGACGUCAUGCUCAACGACUUUGGCGACUCCAACCAGAGGUUUGGCUUCGAGGUCGGGCCAGUCUGUUUCCUCGGCUAGACACGACCCCCCCCCCCACCACCACCACCACCAAGAAUAAACCUUCCCGAGCCCCUGUACCCCUCCACCCCGCAACUGCCUGCGUCCCCCAAACCCCUCCCCCCGCUGACAGACAGGGUCAGAGGGCACAUAGAAGAAGAAGAAGGGGUGCCCCCGGGCCCUGUGGUACCAGCGCUCGGACCAGGGGGAUCUAGUCGUCGCCCUUGUAGGGCCACAUCCACAUGACUGAGUCAGGAAAGGAAGUGACAUCAGGAAAAGGACAUUUGAUGCCGUGGCAGACAUCUCGCACUCCACCACAGACAUGCAUAAAACACUCAAGGUGCUACAACACAAAUUGCUUUUUGAUGAAACUGUAAUUAUUAUUAUUAUUAUUUUGUACAAUAUUGUGCCUUUCUGAAUCCACCCUAAAAACUUGCAUGCGUGUGUCCCAGCUAGUAAAUUUAAUGUUGAUUUUUAUUUGAUUUUAUUUAGAAACCACCAAGAAGGACACAAGUUUGAGCAAAUGUGUAAGUUUGUAAAUAAAAACAAUGUAUGACAACAAGCAAAACACAAACACAAAUGCUCCAAAGACAUUUUUCAUGACUUUGUCAGUGGGAAAUCAAGCCAUAAUAAUAAUAAUAAUAAGGAAAUACUGUAAUAAUAUAAAUACUUACUUGAUACCUCACACUUGCUUGUUAAAUCUACUUUGACUUUACAAAAUUUCUUUCAUGGAAAUUCACCAAAAUACAAGAAAAAUCCUUGACUUUUUGUGUGCCUUAAAUUUUCUUUCAAAACUUAUUAAAACUGGAUUCUGAA